CUGGAGCCCGUUUUUCACACAAUAGCGGAUGUUCCUCCAAUAAAGGACUAUGAUUUUUACCUGGAAUUGUUCGGCCAGUCGGGCAAGAAUCAGUCAUCUACGCAAACUGGUAGCGAUGAUGUGAAUGAGGAAACACAAACGGAGGAGCCAUUGAAUGAGAUCAAAUGGACACAACAUCCACCGCACGAUGACAACGGCUGGGGAUCAGAGAGUACUGCUCGUGAGGAUACGGAUUCAAAAGAGAACGAGGAAAUGGCUAUGUUCCGAGAAAAUCAUCUACAAAACCCCCGGUUGAAACAGUUCAUAGAAGCGGCUGGACAAGUUGUGAUCGACUUAAUCACAUCUCGUCAGAAGACCGCAUCCGAUCUCUUACUUCAGAACAAAAGUGUGUUCUCCUUCAGUUUGGGCUACAACUCAU